AUGUUCAAAAGUAGUAAGCCUAGUAAACCAGCAAGAAAACCUGGUGGUGGUGCUGCUAUGAUGAAACAGAUGGGUUUUCAAAUGCCAAAUUAUGAUGAAUCAGGUAUGGGAGGUGGUGAUGAUGAUGAUGACGAUGAUGAUCUUGAAGCUGAAUUGCAAAGAUUACAACAGGGUUCCGGGGGUAAUCAACGAUCGAAGGCUAAUAAUCAAAAAGCAGGUGGAGCACCACAAGAUCUUCAGUCAUUUCAUAAUCAUGUAGGUAAACUUCUCCAGGAUAUUGAUAAACCUAUAAAUGAUGAUGAAUUAUCUGAUGUUGAUGAAGAUGAACUUUUAGCUGAACUAAAUGAAAUUACAGAUGACAUUGAAAGUGAAUCACAUGCUCCAGCGCAACAAACACAAGUAAAAUCUAGUGGCAAUAUAUUAUCUUUACUUGAAACACGUCAAGAAAUGUAUGUUAAAGCAUCAGCAGCAGCAAAAGCAAGUGGUGAUGGUGCAAAAGCUAGACGUUUAGAACGACAACUUAAAACUAUUCAAGAAUUACUUCAAUCAGCUCGUGCCGGUGCACCGGUAAAUGAUAGUGAUAUUCCACCUGAAGUAUUCAUUGGUGGUCAAGCAGCACCAGUACCUAUGCAAACUCCUCCUCCUCAACCACCACCACCAACUGUACCGCAAUCACGCGCUGUACCUACGUCACAACCGCAACCACGUGUUGUACCUACAUCACAACCACAACCACCACCGUCAUCAACCGCAUCACACUCGCGUGAUGUACCUAUGGCACCCACGUCACAUCCGCGUAGUAUACCUUUACCAAAACCUACAGCAACUGUUCCUGCAGCAGAUAAUUCAGUUGUAUUCAGACCACAAGCAAAUCCUACUACAACAAAUGCUGAUCCAGCAAUUACUCGACUUAAAAUGUUAGCUUUACAAGCUAAACAACAAGGGGAUAUGACUAAAGCUAAAGAAUACAUUCUUCAAUUAAGGGAAUUACAGGGUAAAUCUAUGACAACUGCUCCUUCUGCAGAUAGGGAAAGUUAUGAUAAUGUACCUGACGAUGAUGCUCCACCACCACCUAUGCCAUUAAAAGCACCUGAACCUCAUACAGUUAUGGAAGCAUUACAACAACGACAUGAAGAAUUAUCAAAACGAGGUGAAGAAGCAGCUGUUAAAGGUGAUAGUUCAAAAGCAAGACGAAUGGAACGACUUUCAAAACAAUAUGAAGAAGCUAUAGAUGCUACACGAAAAGGUCGUGCAUAUGAUUACAAUGGAUUACCAGAGCUACCUGGUUUUGCACCUAUUCCUGUUCAACAAUCACAACCUCAACCAACUGGAUCGUCUUCGUCUAGUUCAGGAGUAAAACAAACACCAUCAAAUGCGCAACCAAGACCAUCUCAAACACAACAACAACGGCCAGUUCCAUUAACUGCAUCUAGUAGUUCAACAACCGCAAGAAAAAGUCAACAAGCACAAACACUUCGUCUUAAACAAGAAAAAUUUCAUAAACUUGCUAUACAAGCUAAACAACAAGGUGAUCUUGAUACGGCAAAAAAAUUUCUUAUUGCAUAUAAAGGACUUGAACAAAUGAUAGCAGCUGCUGAAUCAGGUUUACCUGUUGAUAUGAGUCAAGUGCCUGUAUUACCUGAUGAUGAUAGUGAUAUGAUUAAUGAUGAUGAUUUACCACAAGAUUUAGCUCAUGCAGAUCGAGAUACAAUUUAUCGUCGUUUACAAGAGGAUCUUCUUCGACAAAUUCAAUUAUGUGCACGGAAUGAACAAAUUUAUGCACAAAUGGAUGGAGCAAAUAGUAUCAGACAAGCUAAUGAAUAUAAACAACUUGAACAACGUUGUGCACAUGAUUUGGAAAAAUUACGAAAAUGUUUUCAACAUGGUUUAAAACCACCACUAUUUCAUUAUGAAAGAAGACAAAUGAAUAUUGUUCAAACUAAUAAUGAUUUAGGAGACAAUGAUCUUGAAGUUAUUGUUCUUCGUGGUAUUAAUUUACCAGUUCCUGCUGGUAUAUCAUCAUCAGCACUUGAAACUUAUGUUACUAUUGAAUUUCCUUAUCCAACUGAAACACCUCAAGUAGCUAAAACUCGUCAUGCUGUUGGAUCGACAAAUGCUGAAUUUCCUGAGUCAACACAUAAAUUUUUUAUAAAACGAAAUGAUGCAAAAUUUAAACGUCUGAUGAACCGAAAAGAAUUAAAAUUAGCUGUUUUUUAUAAACCUGGUUUUCUUCGAUCAGAUCGUCCGUUAGGUGUAGCAUCAAUUAAAUUAGCUUCUUUAGAACAAACAUGUACACUACAUGAAUCACUUGAUUUAUACGAAGCUGAACAUAAGAAAAAAGUUGAAGGAAAAUUAGAAGUUAAACUACGUAUUAAAGAAGCAUUAGGACAAACAAAAGCUUCAGAUAUAUUACCACAACGAUGGCUUGUUAUUGAUCGUUUUGAAGAAGUUUCUCAAAAUGCCAAGUCAUCAUCAUCGACAUCAAGAUCAGCAGCACCGGCAAUUACUACUAUUGCUCGUAUUGUACCUACAGGUGAAGCAUUUGGCCAAUUGGCCAUAAAUAUGGCCGAAAAUAAAACUCAUAAUGAAGUAGUAGAUAGCAGUCAAUCGAAUUUAUCUAAAGCGGAUCGUCAUAAACAACGACGAACUCAUGAACCAACAGCCGUACCAGUAACAACAAGUCCACAAAGUGUUCAAGUUCUUAAUUAUGAAGCAUCACUUCUUCAACAACAGAUUGAACAACUUCGAGAUCGUCUUGAUCCGGAUCAACUUCAUCAAUUGCAAACAAAACUUCGAAAAAUCGAAGAACAAUCUGAUCAAUUAGUUAAUUCUUUACGUAAUGGAGGAAAACCGGUUCUAAAAGAACAUAUUCAUGGUCUUGAAGAAUUAAUUGAUUAUUAUGAUCAAGAAGCACGUGAAUAUCAUCAACGACAUGACACAAGAAAAGCUGAUAUGUGUUUAACAAAAAAGAAACUUGUUAUAAAAGAAAUUGGUACACUUACAGGACAACCACCACCAUCAUCUGUAACUUCAUCAAAAUUCUGA